UGUUGACUCCAGUCCAUCCAGGACGACCCAGAGAGACUUCAGCAUCCAGCUGGAUACAGAGGAGGAGUGGGAGGCCCUCAUCCUCAAUCCCAACGAACCCCUGGUCACACGCAAGGUGAAAGGCGGGAUGCUGGCCUGCAGGCGCUGGAUUCGGGGCGGAGCCUGUACUGCUCCAAGCUGCUGACGUCACGGGCCCGCUCGCGCUACCUCUUCCUUGGCUACCUGCUGA